GCAUUCAUUCACGCGUACAUUUCGAGACUCCGUAAAUCGAGCCGAUCCCGAGUGUGAAUGUGAUCUCGCAUCGCAAAAUUCUAAACAAGAUUUGCCUAUAUCCGAAGACAUGGAAGAGGUUGAUAAUAUAAUUAUCCAUACCUUUCGCCAAAUCGGCUGUGACAUUGAGGAAGAUGUGGUCAGCUUGCGACAGUUCUCCACCGAGCUGAUCAUCAAGGCCACGGUCCGAUGCCUGAAGAUUAUCGAUGAUUCCACCAGCCUUCCCCUGACACUGCCCCCAGGCAUGUCAGCCCGUUUCCGCAUGGGAACAGACCUGGCUAAUGCCCUCGUGUCCUUAGGGUACAAGGGUGAGAUGGGGUACCAGACAUUUCUGUACUCCAAUGAGGCAGACAUUAGACGGGUGCUGAUGUUCCUGGUUGAGAAGCUACCCAAGGACACUGCAGUCACCUCGGAUGAGCCACUAGGAAAAUCUGCACUGCUGAGUCGUUCCAUAGCAGCCUGCAUUGCGGAUCAGAUACAGACUCCCUGGCUUCCGCCGUGCUGUAAGAAGCGAGGGAUCAGAUGGAGAACUCCCAAACAAUGGAACAGGGAGGGUGCAAGCGGCGCACACUUGUAUCACAGUGUUGCUGUCACUGUACCAAGUGGACUCGAUGACCUCUCUAGGAAAAUACCAAAAGAGGUCAAAAGCUACUACUCCAAAGCCCUGCCAUUGGUGUCGCAGCAGCCGCCGCGUCACGAAGACACAGCGGCAUCGCUGCUUGAAACCAACGCGGCCGAGGUGACAGCAGCCCAGGAAUGGGAGACGGAAUGGAACAGCGUCGGACUGCAGUCCAGACUAACACAACAGGAGUACAAGGCUCGUAAGAAGGAACGCCUGCAGAAGAAGAUCGCCACUCAGCUGCAGCAGGACGUUCAGAAGGCCGAGGCUGGAGGAGUGACAGCAGCAGGCGGAGCGGCGGACCUGCUGCAGUUCCUGAGCAACUUCAGCGACAAGACACCCGGCAAGCAGCAAGGCAAGGGGUCCAGGUUCACUCACACCUCCAAACUGCAGUUUGCUCAGGAUGAUGACAAGGCCAUCUCCCAGAUGGGCAUCGGGGAGGGCGUGCCCAAGGCCGACACGGAGGAAGAGCAGCGACAGAAGAGAGAAGACGAACAGCAAGGCCUGCGAGAUCAGCUGACCCAACUGACCAAUCAGAUGGACGGACUGGAGCUGGACAUGAAGAAAUUCACGGCUGGAAUACAACAGAUGGAGGAACAGAAGAAUCUCGAAGAACGCAGCAGUGAAGAGAAAAAUGACGCCUACAGAGUCAAAAAGAGAACCAUGGAUCUUCUUCCUGAUGCUGAGAAUAACAUCGCUAAACUACAGGGGGUAGUUGAGUCUAGUGCCCAGCGCCUAGUCAGUCUAGCGAAACAGUGGGAGAAACACAGGGCUCCGCUGAUUGACGAAUACCGCACACUGAAGGAACAGAAUGCUAACAAAGAGAGCGAAUCGUUGAAGAAGUUGGAGGACAUCCAGGAAUUGAGAGACAGGAUGAAAGAAGUGGUGGAUGAGACAAGAGGCAAGGAAGAACUACACAAACAAUUGGUUUCGGAGUAUGAGCGUAUGACCAAGGACGUCAACCGGUCAGCCUACACAAGAAGAAUUCUGGAAAUUGUGGCCAAUAUCAAGAAGCAGAAACAUGAAAUUCAAAAGGUUCUUGUAGACACUAAGACACUACAGAAAGAAAUCAACCAUAUGUCAGGAAAACUAGACCGGACCUUCACUGUCACAGACGAACUCAUUUUCAAGGACGCUAGGAAAGAUGAAUCAGUUCGCAAGGCAUACAAGUACCUCGCAGCCCUCCAUGAGAAUUUCGAUCAGCUCAUUAAAACCGUGGAAGACACCGGCAGUAUUGUCAGGGAGAUCCGAGACUUGGAAGAUCAGAUUGAAACCGAGAGCAACAAGAAGACCAUUGCCAACCUGCAGAAGAUUACUGCCGACUACAAGGAGAUGAAGAAAGAGAACGCUACUCUGAUCGCAAAAGUCAAAGGCAAAUGAGACGCCAUGAUGAGAACCAAUGUUAAUCACAAACAGUUAUCUCUGUGCUGCUUCUGCCAUUAACCUCGUAACUGUCAACUUUAUCCUAGCUAUUGAAUUUUUCUAACAGCUCAGUACUUUUUAUAUUUUGCUAGUUCCCCAUACUUUGUCUUCGCAGUAAUGGCACCAUUUGCAAAAAGAAAUGUGUUUCUGUUGAUUCAAGGAAUACAAGAAAGCAGGCUAUUCGCUCUUUUCAUGCUCCGCCAUUGGGAAUGCACAGCCUCGAUCUGGCAACUUUACACAAUAAAAAUAGCCGGUUCAGUGAUCUGAACCCCGACACGGGAAUCACUGAACCGGCUAUAGUCAUUGUGUAAAGUUGCCAGAUCGAGGCUCUGCAUUCCCAUGGCGAAAGUGUGAAAAGAGUGAAUUAAAAUAUUAACCUGUCGAAAUUUCAGCUCAGUAUAUUUUUAGUACUCAAUACUUUUUGGGAAAACUGUGAACAUUGGUCUUCAUUUUUCUGGACAUAAAGCAUAAUUUUCACUUACAAUCAUGAUGGUUUGGCCAUAGCCAUCACAAGGAAAUGAUAGUAGUUUUUCUUUUCUCGAAAAAUUGACAGCCUACUAGGCGCACUGAUUUCACAGGCUGCUUCAUCCUAUUAUUUACUUACAGUCAAGUAGGAUAUUCAUGAUAUUUUGACAGUUUCAUUUUUGAAUCUUUGCAAAUAGUGUCAAUACCUAUAAGAACAUGAUCGGUCCAGAUGUAACAUUCUGAUAUGAACUGAAAAGAAAAUACAAAUGGAUGUGUUUUAAUAUAUUUUAUUUCAGAGAUGUAAUUCCACUUUUCACAUGUUUCUGUUGGAAGAGUUAUGAAGUAUGAUCUUUGAAAAACACAACAAAUAUAUUUUAUUUUGAUUUAAAUCGAAGAACAUGUGUAUUAAAGCAAGGUUUAAAGAAAUCUGUUUGCUCUUUUUUUUUUUUUAUAAAAAUGCGGCCAUACAGAAAGCAAUUUUUAAGUUAGCCGUCUACGGCCUGACAAAAAUGUCAUUUUACUUCAUUCUACUGUGCAUCAUCCUUACAGCAUUUUUUUU